CUGCAAUAAUGGCACCACCACCAUCGACUACUCCAGUACCAACAACAGAAGCACUAACAACCGAACCAUCGACUACCGACGAACCCACUACUGAUGCACAAACAACAGAGACAUCGACAACACGGACACCGACAACAGAGCUAUCCACUACCGACACACCAACAACUGUGUCAUCUACUACUGAUGCACCAACAACAGAAUCAUCUACUACUCAAGCGCCGACAACCGAAUCAUCUACUACUGAUGCACCAACAACAGAAUCAUCUACUACUGAUGCACCAACUACAGAGGAAUCAACAACUGAAGUACCAACAACCGAAUCAUCUACGACUGAUGAACCAACUACUGCAGCAUCAACUACUGAAAUACAAACAACAGAACCAUCCACUACCGACGCACCAACAACAGAAUCAUCUACUACUGAUGCACCAACAACCGAAUCAUCUACUACUGAUAUACCAACUACAGAGGCAUCGACAACUGAAGUACCAACAACCGAAUCUUCUACGACUAAUAAACCGACUACAGCAGCAUCAACUACUAAAGUACAAACAACAGAACUAUCCACUACCGACGCACUAACUACAGAAUCAUCUACUACUAAUGCACCUACAACCGAAUCAUCUACUACUGAUGCACCUACUACUGAGUCAUCUACUACUGAUGCACCAACAACAGAAUCAUCUACUACUGAUGCGCCGACAACCGAAACUGAUGCACUAACAACAGAAUCAUCUACUACUGAUGCACCAACAACCGAAUCAUCUACUACCAACGCACCAACAACAGAAUCAUCUACUACUGAUGCACCAACAACAGAAUCAUCUACUACUAUUGCACCAACUACAGAGGCUUCGACAACUGAAGUACCAACAACCAAAUCUUCAACGACUGAUAAACCGACUACAGCAGCAUCAACUACUGAAGUACAAACAACAGAACCAUCCACUACCGACACAUUAACAACCGAAUCAUCUACUACUGAUGCACCUACAACCGAAUCAUCUACUACUGAUGUACCUACUACUGAGUCAUCUACUACUGAUGCACCAACAACAGACUCAUCUACUACUGAUGCACCAACUACAGAGGCAUCGACAACUGAAGUACCAACAACCGAAUCUUCUACGACUGAUAAACCGACUACAGCAGCAUCAACUACUGAAGUACAAACAACAGAACCAUCCACUACCGAUGCACCUACAACCGAAUCAUCUACUACUGAUGCACCUACUACUGAGUCAUCUACUACUGAUGCACCAACAACAGAAUCAUCUACUACUGAUGCGCCGACAACCGAAUCAUCUACUACCAACGCACCAACAACAGAAUCAUCUACUACUGAUGCACCAACUACAGAGGCAUCGACAACUGAAGUACCAACAACUGAAUCUUCUACGACUGAUGAACCAACUACAGCAGCAUUAACUACUGAAACACAAACAACAGAACCUUCCACUACCGACGCACCAACAACAGAAUCAUCUACUACUGAUGCACCUACAACCGAAUCAUCUACUACUGAUGCACCAACAACAGAAUCAUCUACUACUGAUGCACAAACUACAGAGGCAUCGACAACUGAAGUACCAACUACCGAGGCAUCGACAACUGAAGUACCAACAACCGAAUCUUCUACGACUGAUAAACCGACCACAGCAGCAUCAACUACUGAAGUACAAACAACAGAACCAUCCACUACCGACGCACUAACAACAGAAUCAUCUACUACUAAUGCACUUACAACCGAAUCAUCUACUACUGAUGCACCUACUACUGAGUCAUCUACUACUGAUGCACCAACAACAGAAUCAUCUACUACUGAUGCACCAACAACCGAAUCAUCUACUACCAACGCACCAACAACAGAAUCAUCUACUACUGAUGCACCAACAACAAAAUCAUCUACUACUAAUGCACCAACUACAGAGGCUUUGACAACUGAAAUACCAACAACCAAAUCUUCUACGACUGAUAAACCGACUACAGCAGCAUCAACUACUGAA